CCUACUAGAUCUAAUUAGAGCCCAUCACAAUAAUAAGCCAAGUGAGCAAUACUACUCCGAGCAAUACUGUACUGUAUAUACAAUCUAGCAAAUGAUCAGGGCAUCAGACGAUGGGUAAUGCCACUUCAGAUUUGGAGUCAAACUUGGAGUCAACAGAUGGGCAGGCUCAGUCCCAGAGCCAGGGAGUCAGCCAAGAUGUGGCCAGUCUGCAACUGCCUCCAGAGUUCUCAGUGAAGUAUGAGGUCUUGAGCAGUGUAGGGAAGGGAGGGUUCGGUAAUGUCUACAAGAUCAGGGACAUCAGGACUAAGGCCGUGUAUGCUGUCAAGAUACUUCCACUCAACGAGAGCAAUCUGAGAGAGGUUGAGCUACAGGCGAAGAUUGAUGACAAACAUGUGGUCAAGAUAUUCGACACAGUUCAAUCGCCCUCGACCAAGCAACUGUUCAUCAUCAUGGAGUAUUGUGAGGGGGGCAACCUACUACAAUGGGUGGAGAGGAACAGAAAGCACGACUUACUGAAUGAGACUGUUGUACUGCAAAUGCUGUAUGAGAUCUGCGAAGCUGUGUAUAGUUGUCACCAGAAGAAGAUUAUUCAUAGAGAUCUCAAACCAGAGAAUAUUCUAUUGGAUAGUAAGCGAAGGAUUAAAUUAGCUGAUUUUGGUGUAGCAAGAGUGCUGGAAAGAACAUCAGUGGCUACAUCAUUCUGUGGGACUCCCCCUUAUAUGGCUCCCGAGUUGUUUCUGAGCUACUUGUCCAGAGGGAGAGUCCCUGGUGAAGUGGAGGGGUACGACUACAAAUGUGAUGUGUGGUCAAUAGGAUGUAUUCUCUGGGACAUGGCCAACAGCUCAAAUCGUUUUGUUCAUACUCUCCAGAGCAAUGUGGGUCUGAACGCGGCCCAGGCCAAGAGUGACAGCGUGGGUGUGAAGGAGAUAGAGGCCUUCAUUGAGAAGGAUGUUCCACAGGGCUACGUUCUCACCAAGAGGUUGCUGCACAGUAUGCUCAAGAAGAACCCUGAAGAAAGAGUAUCACUGUCCGAAGUACUACAAGACACUACACUGAGAGAAGCCCUAGAGAACCCGUUAGGUGGCCAUUGGUCGGACAUUUAUGAUAAAAUACAUCCGGACAGUGCACCUAUAAUAUAGUAACUGAAUUUUUAUUCUCAUUCUCACUGAUGUGUUUGUUUGUUAUCUAUGUUUUUUGCUACA